GUGGCUUGCAUGUGAAUCUUCCUGCUCCUGCGAGCAAGUGCUUCGUCGGGCGACAGACGAAUGCCACAGACCAGCGUUUCGGAUGCCUAAGGGUAUACAGCCUUCGUGUCCGACGAGGCUUCAGUAAAAGUUUCGCUGCUUCGGUUAUCUACUCGCCUUCCGUCUCGCUUGAAGUGUUUGAGCGAGAGGGGUGUUGGAACAGUGGCGGCAGAGGCUGAGGAGAUAAGCGGGGUUGAGAGAGAAAGAGGUUGGAGGAGAAUCGAACAGGGUUUUGACGGGAGAUCUGAGAUGUCAGAGGAGAAGCCGUUUGUGGAGCUUUAUAAGGGGUUCAAUGGACUCGAAAAGAUCGUGCUUAGAGAGGUCGGGGGGAGCUCGACAGAGUAUUUUGUUGAUGAGAUUUGUGUUUAUUUUAGAUGGGAUCUGAUUUACUAUAGUGGAUGGUGAUAAUGAUAUCCCCGAGUUUCAGAUACCACACUUAUAUGCGAAGGAAUUGUUCAUGCGAUGAAGCUCUUGAGGAAUGCGUGGCAGAUUUUCGACUCAGUUGUUGAACAUUUGCAUUGCUUCUCUAUGUAAGGCGAGGAUGUUGAAUAAGGCUGAGGCUGUUGUUGUUGAUGGAAUACGACUCGGUUGCCUCCCAGAUGUUGUGACAUACAAUACGCUGAUUGCUGCGUAUUGUCGCUUUGUGGGUUUAGAUGAAGCCUAUUUGAUUAUCAGAAGAAUGAGAGAAGCAGGAGUAAAGCCUGAUGUGAUUACAUACAAUUCCCUUAUGGCUGGAGCGAGUAGAUAUAAUCUACUUUCCUAUUGCCGGCAUCUGUUUGAUGAAAUGUCAAAAGAUGGAAUAAAACCUGAUGAAUGGAGCUACAAUACUCUGAUGCACUGUUUGUUUAAUUGUGGGUGUCCAGAGGAAGCCUUUCAGAUAUUUUCUGAUAUGAGUUCAACAAACAUCUCUCCAUCUAUUGUCACAUAUAAUACAUUGAUUAAUGGCUAUUUCAAGUCUGGAAAAUCAGUUAGCGCUAUCAUGACAUUUAGGAGGUUACAGAAAUUUGGUUUCUCUCCAGAGCUUGUUACAUAUAAUACAAUGCUUGAUGGGCUGUUCAAAGCAGGUAAAGUAGGUCAGGUAAUAAACAUUUUUAAGGAGAUUAGAGAAUCAGGUAUAGCUCCUAAUGCCAUAACCUAUACUACUGUUAUGAAAUGCUUGUUUAGGUCAAGAAAGUUUGAGCAAGGUUUAGACAUAUUCUCCAAGAUGAUGAGCGAAGGAUGUACUUCAGAUGUGUUUGCAUAUUGCACGGUUAUUAGUGCUCUAGUCAAGAGGGGCAAGACAGCAGAUGCUCAUCUUUGCAUCCAGCAGAUGCUUAAUAAUGGAAUUGGCAUUGAUUUAGCUUGUUAUAAUUCUCUAAUUUAUGUGUAUUGCAAGGAAAAAAAUAUGAAUGAUGCGUUACGGCUGCUGAAUGAGAUUGAGGAAGCCGGCCUGCAAAGCGAUGAAUAUACGUACUCUACUUUGGUGGAUGGAUUCUGCAAAUUGGGUGAUGUUAAUUCUGCUAGGAAUCAUUUGCGUGUAAUGGAAAUAAAUGGCUUAAAUAUGAAUGUGGUAGCUUAUAAUUGCCUUAUUGAUGGGUUGUGCAAAGCGGGACAGGUGGAUCAUGCCAUUAGUGUGUUUAAGAUGAUGAAGAUAAGAGAUUCUUUCACCUACUCGGCUUUGUUGCAUGGUCUAUGUAAAGCAGGCAGGUUUCGUGUUGCAUCUAAAUUCUUAUGGACUUGCUUGAGUAAGCGCAUUAGUGUGCUCAAGUCUGCUCAACUUGCAGUCCUUCGUGGUCUUCGGUGCUCGGGAUUUGGAAAUGAUGCGAAGAAACUCAAGGCUGCUAUAUGGAGGGCUCGAUUUUUUAAUGACAUAAAGUAGGGGUUUGUUCGGCUAUGAAUGUACCUUGCGGCCUGAUUUUUGCUACUGUGAAACACUUGCGUGUUUCCUUGAUUGCAGAUGUCUUGGGAAGUGUGAAGGCAAAAAAUAGCCGACUAACAGUAGCAGAAGAUUGAGUUUGAAGAGAGGAUUAAUCCGCAGCCUAAAAAUGGCAGACUUAUCUGUCAAGCUGGUGUAGAAGACAACGGAGCUUGAUGUUCAUGAAAAAUUACAGGAUCGUCGUUCGGGGAGGAUGAUUGGAACUGCUAAGCGGGUUGGUGGGCUCUUAUUGUUCCAAGAUAAAAGCACGAAAAACGAGGAGACUUCACCCAAUAGUUGCAGUUCUCAGUUUACUGAAUGACCUAUUUUGUUGUUACACUAUCGUUUUGGUCAUCCUAGUUUCCAGUAUCUAAAAUAAUUGUAUUUGUUGAUGUUUACUAAUAAAAUUUCUUUUAAUUUCACAUGUAAGUUAGCUAAAUAUCACGUGUUCUUUAUCCACCCCACAAUUACACACCUUUCAUGCCUUUCUCUCUUUCAUAGUGACUUAUGAGGACCUUCUUGCACUCCUAAUUACACCAAUAAAUGGUGGUUUAU